AUGAAACAGUAAAGCGACAAUCUGUUUUUCCAAUCCUAAUUAUACAUUGUAGUUUUGAAUGAACCUUUGACUAUCUUAUAGUUUUUGGAAAACAAUGAAAAUGAAAAUUAGAAGCAAGCAAGUUAUUAGGAUAAAUUAGAAAUCUCGAAUAAAAGUGAGAGGAAAGAGAAUUCAAACAAAAGUAGGCAUUAGCUAGAAAGAAGGAAAAAUCCGUAUGGAUCUGGUUGGGCGAAUAAAGUAUUAGAAAAACAAUUUGGUGUUCAUUUAUCGUAAAUUACAUAAAGAGCAGGUCCAAGAUGGGUUAUAAAAAAAUUAAAACCUGUAGAAGCAAAUGACUAAAAAGAAUUUGAUCGUCCUCGUUUAGUGAAAGAUUUCUUAUCCCAGGAGAAGAAAACUCGAUAAACAACCUCGAAAUCUUAUAGAAGGAGAAUCGAUAAAAAUUAUAAAGAGUAAAAGCAAUCCUUUAAUGGAACUUCUAUAUUUGAUCCAAAUUUCUAAAUAAAUUUGCAGUAGUACAAUUUAUGA